AACUCCGGCACGGCGGCACGAUGGUCAUGGCGCAUUUCGUCGAGAAUUUUUGGGGGGAAAAAAAUAGUGGCUUCGAUGUCCUCUAUCAUAAUAUGAAACAUGGGCAGAUAUCUACAAAAGAACUAGCAGAUUUUGUAAGAGAAAGAGCCACGAUAGAAGAGGCAUAUUCCAGGUCAAUGACAAAAUUAGCAAAAUCAGCAAGCAAUUAUUCACAACUUGGAACAUUUGCACCAAUGUGGGAUGUAUUCAAAAUAUCUACAGAGAAAUUAGCAAAUUGUCACCUGGAUCUUGUUAGAAAAUUACAAGAAUUAAUAAAGGAAGUUCAGAAGUAUGGGGAAGAACAAGUAAAAUCUCAUAAAAAGACUAAAGAAGAAGUUGCUGGAACUCUGGAAGCUGUUCAAACUAUUCAGAACAUAACUCAGGCCCUCCAGAAAUCUAAGGAAAAUUACAAUGCCAAAUGUGUAGAACAGGAGCGUUUGAAAAAGGAAGGAGCUACACAGAGAGAGAUUGAAAAGGCAGCUGUUAAAUCUAAAAAAGCUACAGAUACCUACAAACUCUAUGUGGAAAAAUACGCAUUAGCAAAAGCUGAUUUUGAACAGAAAAUGACAGAAACAGCUCAGAAAUUUCAAGAUAUUGAAGAAACUCAUCUCAUUCACAUAAAGGAAAUUAUAGAAUCCUUGUCAAAUGCUAUAAAAGAAAUUCAUUUGCAAAUAGGCCAGGUCCAUGAAGAAUUUAUAAAUAACAUGGCUAACACCACAGUUGAAAGUUUGAUACAAAAAUUCGUUGAAUCAAAAGCAACUGGGAAGGAAAGACCUGGCCUUAUUGAAUUUGAAGAAUGUGAUCCUACUAGUGCAGUAGAAGGUAUAAAACCAAGGAAACGAAAGACUUUUGCCUUGCCAGGAAUAAUUAAAAAGGAAAAGGAUGCAGAAUCUGUGGAAUGUCCCGAUGCAGAUUCGCUUAACAUUCCUGAUGUAGAUGAAGAAGGUUAUAGUAUUAAACCAGAAGCAAAUCCGAAUGAUACCAAAGAAAACCAUUUCUACUCAUCUAGUGACUCCGAUUCUGAAGAUGAAGAACCAAAGAAGUACCGGAUAGAAAUCAAACCUGUGCAUCCAAAUAAUUCACAUCACACAAUGGCUUCUUUGGAUGAAUUAAAAUUAUCUAUAGGGAAUAUAACACUCUCCCCAGCAAUAUCUAGACACAGUCCAGUCCAGAUGAAUCGGAAUUCACCUAGUGAAGAGUUAACAAAAUCAAAGUCAUCUCUUCCAUCCAAUGAGAGAGGGACAAGUGAUUUACUUGCUUGGGACCCCCUGUUUGGACCGUCUCUUGAUUCAUCAUCUUCUACUUCACUAACUUCCUCAUCUUCAGCCAGGCCCACAACUCCUCUUUCUGUAAGCACCAUUGUCCCACCUCCAAGGCCUGCUUCCAGACCAAAGCUUACUUCAGGCAAACUCAGUGGGAUUAAUGAAAUACCCAGGCCGUUCAGCCCACCUGUAACUUCUAACACCAGUCCACCUCCUGCGGCUCCCUUAGCUCGGGCAGAAAGUUCCUCCUCUAUCUCCUCAUCUGCUUCUUUGAGUGCGGCCAACACUCCAACAGUAGGUGUAUCACGAGGUCCCAGCCCUGUCAGCCUCGGAAAUCAGGACACUUUACCUGUGGCAGUGGCCCUUACAGAAUCUGUUAAUGCCUACUUUAAAGGAGCAGAUCCCACCAAGUGUAUUGUGAAGAUCACUGGUGACAUAACAGUAUCAUUCCCCAGUGGAAUUAUUAAAGUCUUCACUAGCAAUCCAUCUCCAGCUGUGCUGUGCUUCAGGGUGAAAAAUAUCAGCAGACUGGAGCAAAUUCUUCCAAAUGCACAAUUGGUAUUCAGUGAUCCAUCCCAAUGUGAUUCCAACACAAAAGAUUUUUGGAUGAACAUGCAAGCUGUUACUGUCUACCUCAAGAAACUAUCAGAGCAAAAUCCAGCUGCUUCUUACUAUAAUGUAGAUGUAUUGAAGUAUCAGGUAUCAUCAAAUGGUAUUCAGUCCACUCCUCUGAAUCUUGCAACAUACUGGAAAUGUAGUGCUGGCACCACAGACCUCAGAGUGGAUUACAAGUACAACCCAGAAGCUAUGGUGGCACCAAGUGUGCUUUCCAACAUACAGGUGAUGGUCCCAGUGGAUGGAGGAGUCACAAACAUGCAGUCCCUUCCCCCUGCAAUAUGGAAUGCAGAACAAAUGAAAGCCUUUUGGAAAUUGUCUGGUAUUUCAGAAAAGUCAGAAAACGGAGGAUCUGGGUCCCUUAGAGCAAAAUUUGACCUUUCAGAAGGGCCCAGUACGCCCACAACACUUGCAGUGCAGUUUCUCAGCGAGGGAAGCACCCUCUCAGGAGCAGACAUUGAGCUUGUGGGCACUGGCUAUCGGCUUUCUUUAGUAAAGAAACGCUUUGCCACUGGACGAUAUCUGGCCGAUUUUUGA